AUGGACGCGCAUAUCUCGUUUUCCGACCGGUUGAAGAUGAUGCCGGAAGACCACAAGCUGGAGAAUUGUCCGGUGCGCCAGGUCAUGCAGGGCAUCUUCGGCAAGUGGAGCACGUUGCUGAUACUGGCGCUGAGCGAAAAGCCAUACCGGUUCGGCGAGCUGCGCCGGCUGGUGCCCGACAUCUCACAGCGCAUGCUGACCCAGACCCUGCGCGAUCUCGAGCGGGAUGGCUAUGUCUACCGCAAGGUCUACGCCACCAAGCCGCCAAGCGUCGAAUACGGCCUGACCGAGCUCGGCACCUCGAUGCUGACCCCGAUCAACGAUCUGGUGGUCUGGGCCGGCGACAAUUUUGCCAAGCGCGAUGACGCGAUAAAUCUCUGCAAACUGAACUUGAAAACGGCAGAUUGCUCGGCCAGAAAGCGACAACGCUUCAACGGGGGCCUUAUGAGUCGCAUCAAGUUCACAUUCGCCAUUUUGGCACUGGCGCUGUCAGGCUGUGUUGCACCGCCACCGCCGUCGGCGAAAAAGCCUGUGGUCAAUCUCGAGGCAGUGCUGCCGCCGGAAAGCCUGUUGCGCGAGGACACGCUGACCGCGCUGAACCAUGACCGCCGCCAAAGCCGGCUUGCCUAUGUAGGCGUUUGGGCCACCGAUGGUGACAGAUGCGCGAUGAUGGAUCAGACCGCGUUUCAGGGCUUUGCCGUCAUCACCCCCGACAGCAUGCGCCGUUCAGCCGAAACCUGCAGCUUCGAGCAAGGCCAGCCCGGUUCGCCAUUGGCCCGUUUGGACGCGACCUGCAAGGCACGGGGAAACAAGACCACGAGGCGGACCAUCGGCAUCCAGAUGCUGUCGAGCCGCCAGCUCAAUCUCACCACCGCGCCCGGCAACCCGCCCACCACCAUGAUCCGCUGCCGCCUGCUGCCAACCCCUGAGCCGACCGCAGCACCCGCUGAUGCCGCCCUUGGCGCAUCGGUGGGUGAGGGGCUGUCCGAGCGGCAGCAGGAAGUGCUCGGUGCGGUGCUCAAGCUGAUGGUGGCUGAGGGUGACGGGUUUUCGGUCGCCGCCGUGGCACGCGCUGCAAGCUGCUCCAAGGAGACGCUGUACAAGUGGUUCGGCGACCGCGACGGGCUGCUCACCGCCACCGUGCGCUGGCAGGCAUCGAAAGUGCAAAUGCCGAAACUGCCGCAGGACAGGCUGACCCGAGAAAGCCUUGAGGCGGCGUUGACCGGUUUUGCAACAAGCUGGCUCACCGUGAUCACCGGCGAUCUGUCGAUCGCGCUCAAUCGCGCUGCCGUCAGCCACGCCGGAUCGAACAAGAGCCGGCUUGGUGCGAUUGUCUUGACCAACGGCCCCUUUGCCAUGCGACACCGGCUUGAGCCUUUGUUCGAGGCGGGCAGGGCAGAGGGCUUGCUGAGCUUCGAUCAGGUUGAUACGGCUUGCCGCACCUUCUUCGGGCUGGUGGUGGCCGAUACGCAAAUCAGAGCGCUUCUGGGUGAAGAUCAACGCCCUGAUGCUGACGAGAUCCAAUCCAUAUCCGCACGUGCUGCGGCAGACUUCAUGCGCCUCUACGGACGAGACCUCAACCUGAUCAAGUCGAAGAAAGUGGCCAUCAUCGGCUACGGUUCGCAGGGCCGGGCACACGCGCUCAACCUCAAGGAUUCGGGCGCCGGCAACGUCGCUGUUGCGCUGCGCGAAGGCUCGGCCACGGCAAAGAAGGCCGAAGCCGAUGGCUUCAAGGUCAUGAGCGUGGCUGAAGCUGCCGGCUGGGCCGACCUGAUGAUGAUGGCAACACCUGACGAACUGCAGGCCGACAUCUACAAGGACCACAUCGAAGCCAAUAUCCGUGACGGCGCAGCCAUUGCGUUUGCCCAUGGCCUCAAUGUCCCGGCCACACCGUGCGCGGCGAAUACCAGAAGGGCGGCGGCGUGCCGUGCCUGA